AUGGAGUCUUUAGCCACUGACCAGAAAACAAUCCAUGUUCUGAUGUUCCCGUGGUUGGCUCACGGCCACAUUUCGCCAUACCUAGAACUAGCCAAAAGGCUCACCAAGAGAGACUUCAUCAUCCACCUCUGCUCCACCCCAGCAAAUUUGAGCUCCAUUAAGCAUAAAAUAGGCGAAAAAUUCGCCUUCUCUAUCCGUUUAGUUGAAAUCCAUCUCCCUUCGUUGCCUAACCUCCCCCCUUGCUACCACACCACCAAUGGCCUCCCACCGGACCUAAUGCCCACCCUGAAACUGGCCUUUGAUAUGGCAAAACCUAACUUCCUCCGAAUCUUGGCUUCUGUCAAGCCCGAUUUGCUUAUCUAUGAUUUUCUCCAACCGUGGGCACCGUUGGCUGCUUCCAGGUAUAAGAUACCGGCUGUGGAGUUCAUCACUAGUAGCUCAACCAUGACGGCUUACAUGUUCCACUUCUUCAUGAAGCCCAAGGUUGCUUUCCCAUUUGAGACGAUUCGUUAUCGUGACUAUGAGUUGGUCCAUCAGGCUAAGUUAUUGGCACCGGAUGAUAGGGUGAGGCGGGAGGCGUUUGAGGGCGUCCGGAGGUCCAACAGGAUUGUGUUGAUAAAGGGUUUUCGUGAGAUUGAGUUGAAGUAUAGUGAUUAUUUAUCCACCCUGUUGGGCAAGAAAAUCAUGCCGGUUGGCCCAUUAGUUCAAAACCCUAGCCAAGAGGUUGGUUGUUCGGAGAUCAUAGAGUGGCUCGACAAAAAGGCGAAGUGUUCCACUGUCUUCGUCUCGUUUGGGAGUGAGUAUUUUCUCAAGCAAGAAGAGAUGGAGGAGCUUGCUCAUGGGUUGGAGCUAAGCAAUGUUAACUUCAUUUGGGUUGUGAGGUUCCCGAAAGGAAAGAAAAUAACCCUAAAAGAGGCUUUGCCACUGGGGUUUCUUGAUAGGGUAGGUCAGAGAGGGAUGGUCGUAGAAGGAUGGGCACCGCAAGCACAAAUCUUGGGGCACGAAAGUAUCGGUGGUUUUGUGAGUCAUUGCGGGUGCAGUUCCAUGAUGGAGAGCAUGAAGUUUGGAGUUCCGAUCAUUGCCAUGCCAAUGCACCUCGACCAACCACUCAAUGCUAGGCUAGUGGUGGAGAUUGGGGUUGGUGAUGAGGUGUUGAGGAAUAGCUCAGGGAGACUCGAGAAGGAGGAGGUGGCGGCAGUGAUUUGUAGAGUCGUGGCCGAGGGAGGGCGAGGAGAGGUUGUCCGGAAGAAUGCAAGGGCAAUGAGUGAGAAGAUGAUGGCCAAAGGGGAUGAAGAGAUUGAUGAGGUGGUGAAGGAGCUUGUGAUGAUUUGCUCCACCAAGAAGAAGAAGCGCAAUGGUUUAUUCUAUUAA